AUGAACGAUAAUGGAAAUUUUCAAUUGUUAGACCAAAAUUUUGCCUCAGUAUGGGAGAGUUUCGAUCAUCCAACUGACACAUUGGUGCCUACUCAAGUAAUGGAGUUAAAUGGCUAUCUUUCUUCUCGACAAGGAGAGUUCAACUUCUCAGGUGGAAGGUUCAAACUUCAUCUACAAGAGGAUGGCAAUGCAGUGCUCAACCUUAUAAAUUUGGCCACCAGGUAUAGUUACGAGCCUUACUAUGUUAUUGGCACUGCUGACGCUGAGAACCAAACAGAUGCUGGCAUGAAAUUGAUAUUUGACAAAUCUGGUUUAUUAUACGUAGAGAAAAAAAGUGGGGAGAAAUUUAAUAUCACCGAGCCAAAUGAGAGGGUCUCUACUGAUGACUUCUAUUAUAGAGCAACUAUCAAUUACGAUGGAGUUUUUACCAUAUCAUAUCACCCCAAAGAUCCAAAAGAUGGACAAGGAUGGAUCACUGCAGACACUAUACCAGAAAAUAUUUGUUUGAAUUCAACGUUCACCAGUGGUGAAGGUGUUUGUGGGUUUAAUAGCAUAUGCACCCUCAAUGAUAACCAAAGGCCAAAAUGUAACUGCCCAGAGGGAUAUUCUCUUACAGAUUCAAAUAACAUGUAUGGUGGAUGUAUUCCAAAUUUCCAAGUUAUUUGUCAAGCAGGUGGGCAUCGGGGUUCACAUGAUGAUCUAUACAUAAUGAAGGAAUUGUCUAACAUUGAUUGGCCUAAAUCUGAUUAUGAAAGACUAAGUCCUUGUAGUCUACAAGAAUGCACAAAUUCUUGUUUGCGAGAUUGCUUAUGUGUGUUAGUUGCUUUCAAUGGAAGUACUUGUUUGAAGAAGAAGCUGCCACUUACAAAUGGGAGAAGAGAUCAGAGACAAAAUGGAACUUCUGUCAUGAAAUUGAUGAAAAAUGAUGAUUCUCUCACUUCUUUACCAAAUCCAAAUGAGAAGAAUGAUCAUGAGGCCUUGAUCAUUGUAAUAUCAGUUCUUUUGGGCAGCUCUGUGUUGGUCAUCUUAAUGUUGGUUGGUACAAUAUGUUUUGGAUUCUCUUGCAAUCGCAAGAAAAUCCGUAGUAGAACUGGUGGAAGUUUUGUUGACAAAAAUUUGCGCAAUUUUACCUUCAAGGAACUUGUAGAAGCAACAGGAAAUUUUAGAGAAGAAUUGGGAAGGGGAUCUUUUAGCAUUGUGUACAAAGGAACAACAGAGACGACUAGUGUGGCUAUUAAAAAAUUAGACAAGUUGUCUCAAGAUAAUGACAAUGAAUUUCAAACCGAAGUGAAUGUGAUAGGCCAAACUCAUCAUAGGAACCUAGUUCGUUUACUUGGAUAUUGCAAUGAAGGACAACAUCGGAUUCUGGUAUAUGAAUUUAUGAGUAAUGGAACUUUGGCAAACUUCCUUUUCACCCCUUUGAAACCAAACUGGAAUCAACGGUUCCACAUUGCCCUUGGGAUUGCAAGAGGUCUUGUUUACUUGCAUGAGGAAUGUUCCACCCAAAUCAUCCAUUGUGACAUAAAGCCACAAAAUAUACUUCUUGAUGAUCAAUAUAAUGCCAGAAUUUCGGAUUUUGGGUUAGCAAAGUUAUUAUUGAUUAAUCAGAGCCACACUGAAACUAGAAUUAGAGGCACCAAAGGGUAUGUUGCACCGGAUUGGUUUAGAAGUGCACCAAUCACUGCUAAAGUUGACACUUACAGUUUUGGUGUGAUGUUACUAGAGAUUAUUUGCUGUAGGAGGAAUGUAGAAAAGGAGUUUGUUGAUGAAGAUAAAGGGAUAUUAACUGAUUGGGUCUAUGAUUGCUAUAAGACUAAAAGACUAGACAUCCUUCUAGAAAAUGAUUUUGAAGCUAUCAAUGCAAUGAAAAGCUUCGAAAAACUUGUCAUGAUUGCUAUUUGGUGCAUUCAAGAAGAUCCUUCUCUUAGGCCGACAAUGAAGAGGGUUUUGUUGAUGCUAGAAGGAAUUAUUGAAGUUUCAAUGCCUCCAAAUCCCUACCUUCACAGUUCUAGACUCUUCCACAUGGUUCGCCCAACAUUGUUCUUUCCAUUUUUGUUAUCGCUACUUCAUAUAUCCGUAUCAGGUGUGGUUUCAAAUAAAUCCAUCACUCUGGUUAACCAAUGCAACUACACAGUGUGGCCAGCUUCAUAUGCGUUCAGGGGAAGCGCCGGUCUUUCAACCACCGGCUUCACUUUAAAAGCGGGCGAGUCUUCCACCGUAACGGCACCAGACACAUGGAACGGCCGUUUCUGGUGCCGCACACUCUGCACCACCGACUCCGCCACCGGAAAUUACUCCUGCGCAACCGGCGAUUGCAACUCCGGCCAGGUGUCCUGCGGCGGCAACCCACCCAAGCUUCCUGCCACGGCGGCAAUGUUCAAUUUAAGCGCAGACGGCGUUGAUUUCUUUGGUAUCGACUUGACACACGGCUACAACGUUCCAAUGCAAGUGGUUCCGUUUGCGGGUUGGAACGGUAACUGCAGAAGCAUGAGUUGCAUUUCCACUGCAGAUUUGAAUGCCACGUGUCCCCCGGAACUAAAGGUUGUUACUGAUAAGGGAGUAGUGGUUGGGUGCCAAAGCGCGUGCGGCGCGUUCAAGUCGGCGCAGUAUUGCUGCAGUGGCGAUUCUUCCACAAAGAACACUUGCAAUGCUACUAAUUACUCUCUUAUCUUCAAGAGGGCAUGCCCAGAAGCUCUGACCUACUGGUUUGAUGAUAGAUCCGACAAUUUUACAUGUUCAUCAUCAACAAAUGCAGGUUUCAACGUCAUCUUUUGUCCCGCAGAUAACUCCAGCUUAGGAUCGCUAGCCAAGAGUGUCAGAGUUGGUGAUUCACUUACUGCUAGCAAUGGGGGCAAUGGGACGACUGGGUGGCUAUCUCCUUCAGGCGAUUUUGCAUUUGGGUUUUACCAACUUCCUAAUAUGGUUUUCUUGUUGGCUGUAUGGUAUGACAAGAUACCUAACAAGACUAUCAUUUGGUAUGCAAAUGGUGACAACCCUGCUCCUAUAGGAUCAAGAUUGGAACUAACUGACUCCCUUGGGCUAGUGCUUAGGAACCCUCAAGGUUCAGAGUUAUGGAAAUCAGGUUCUACAUCAAGUACAAUUUAUAAUGGUCUAAUGAAUGAUAGUGGAAAUUUUCAACUGUUAGACCAAAAUUUUGUGCCAUUAUGGGAUAGUUUUAAUCAUCCAACUGACACAUUGCUGCCUACUCAAGUAAUGAACUUAAAUGGCUAUCUUUCUUCUCGACAAGGAGAAUUCAACUUCUCGCGUGGAAGGUUCAAACUUCUUCUACAACAAGAUGGCAAUCUUGUACUCAACCUUGUAAAUUUGUCUAACAACAAUAGUUAUAAGCCUUACUAUGACACACAAACUGCAGAUAGUAAGAAUCAAACAAAUGUUGGCAUGCAAUUGAUAUUUGACAAAUCAGGCUACUUAUACGUACUAAAAAAAUCUGGGGAGAAGUUUAAAAUAUCUGAGCCAGAUGAGAAGGUCUCAAUUGAUGAUUUCUAUUAUAAAGCAACAAUAAAUUAUGAUGGAGUUUUUGCCAUAUCAAGUUACCCAAAAGAUCCAAGCAUUGGAACAAGAUGGGUCACUAGAAAAGCUAUGCCAGAAAAUAUUUGUUUGACUUCUAUAUCCCCAAGUGGUGAUGGUGUUUGUGGGUUGAAUAGUAUUUGCACCCUCAAUGAUGACCAAAGGCCAAUAUGUAACUGCCCAGAGGGAUAUUCUCUUAAGCAUUCAGAUAACAUGUAUGGUGACUGCAGCCCAAAUUUUCAAAACACUUGUCAAGCUGAUGGACCUCAGAGGUCGUAUGAUGAUCUAUACAUAAUGAAGGAAUUACCAAACAUUGAUUGGCCUAAAUCUGAUUAUGAAACACUAAGACCUUCUAGUCUACAAGAUUGCAUGAAGUCUUGUUUGCAAGAUUGUUUGUGUGUUUUGGUUACUUUUGAAGGAAGUUCUUGUUGGAAGAAGAAGCUGCCACUCAAGAAUGGGAGAAAAGAUGAGGGAGUAAAUGGAACUUCUAUCAUGAAGUUGAUGAAAAAUAAUGAAACUUCCCCCUCUUCCCCAAAAGAUCACAAUACAAUCACCUCUUACCCAAAAGAUCACAAUACAUUGAUCAUUGUGAUAUCGGUUCUUAUGGGUGGCUCUGUUUUGGUCAUUAUAAUGUUGGUUGGUUCAAUAUGUUUCUGUUUCUCAUGCAAACCCAAGGAGAUCAAAACAAGGAGCACCAACACAAUUGCUGUUGAUAGAAAUUUGCGCAAUUUCACCUUCGAAGAACUUGUGGAAGCAACAAGCAACUUCACAGAAGAAUUGGGAAGGGGAUCUUUCAGCAUUGUCUACAAAGGAACUAUAGACAUUGCUAGUGUGGCUGUCAAGAAAUUAAAUAAGUUGUUCCAAGAAAUUGAUGAGGACUUCCAAACUGAAGUGAAUGUGAUAGGCCAAACACAUCACAGGAACCUAGUUCGUUUACUUGGAUAUUGCAAUGAAGGACAACAUCGGAUUCUGGUAUAUGAAUUUAUGAGCAAUGGAACUUUAGCAAGCUUCCUUUUCACUCCUUUGAAACCAGGUUGGAAUCAACGAUUCCAAAUUGCCCUUGGGAUUGCAAGAGGUCUUAUUUACUUGCAUGAGGAAUGUUGCACCCAGAUUAUCCAUUGUGACAUCAAGCCACAAAAUAUACUUCUAGAUGAUCAAUACAAUGCCAGAAUUUCUGAUUUUGGGUUAGCAAAGCUAUUGUUGAUUAGUGAAAGUCACACUGAAACAAGAAUUAGAGGAACAAAAGGGUAUGUUGCACCUGAUUGGUUUAGGAGUGUACCAAUCACUGCUAAGGUUGACACUUAUAGUUUUGGUGUACUGUUACUGGAGAUCAUUUGCUGUAGAAAAAAUGUAGAAAAGGAGCUUCUUAGUGAAGAAAAAGGGAUUUUAACUGAUUGGGCAUAUGAUUGCUACAAGACUAAAACACUAGAUGCUCUUUUUGAGAAUGAUCGUGAGUUUAUCAAUAACAUGGAGAGCUUUGAAAAGCUUGUCAUGAUUGCUUUUUGGUGCACACAAGAAAAUCCUUCCGUUAGGCCAAACAUGAAGAAGGUUUUGCUGAUGCUAGAAGGAAUUGUUGAAGUUCCAAUGCCCCCAAAUCCCUGCCUUCAUGGUUCUGACUAUUAAUAGCAAUUUAAAAUAUAUAUUUUCCUUUGUAUGUGGUUUUGGCACUGCCUUUCGUUUUCUUUUCCCUGACUAUAGUUACUUAUUUAGUUGUUCAUUUAAAUUUGUUCAUGCCAUUUAAAAAUGAAGUGCAGUUAUUCACCAUGAGAAGUGGAUUACAUUAUUGUUAUGAUAUUUAUACAACAAUUUGAAAUUAUACUUAGAUUUUGCAUG